AUGAAUAAAUAGGAGAAACGAAAAUUACCUAAUCAUUUAUAAUAUGACACAGUAAGUCCUGCAACAAAAUUAUUAGAGAAGAGAAGAAAGAUGUAUGAAGUGCAUGAAGCAUUUGAAGCAUAAAGAGAGGAAUUCAAAAAGUAAAUAAUUUAUAAGAUAAUUAAAUUUUAGACAAGAAGAUAAAUUUAAGUAGGAGGAGGAAAAGAUUCGUUAAAAGGAUAUGGAAAUACAAGAGUCAUUAAUUAAGUUUUGCAAAUUUUUAUAAGAUAAUGAAGCAAAAAAGAAAAGAGCUGAAGGUAGAUUAGAGGAGGAAAGAAAAUAAAAAAUAUAAAAAGAAAAAGAAAUUUAAGAUUUAAAUGGAUAAUUAUAGGAAUUAGAAAAAAAAUAAUAAAAAUUAGAGAAAAAGGGUAUGUUUAGGUUAUUAUCAAAACAGUUACUUCAAUGAAAAAAUAUGAAGAAUAUUUAGAUAGUGUUGCAAAAUAAUAUCCAGAAUAAUAUCAUGAUAUGGCAUCAAUAUUAGAGAGACAUAGUACACUAUCAAGUUAGAAUUCUAAAUUGGUAGAAGAACAUUAAGCUAUGGAAAAAGAAUAUGAAAAAUUGAAAUAUGAAUCAACUCAAUAUGAAAAGGACAAAAAUCAUGAAAUUCUUUAAUUAAAUAAUGAUAUUAAAGAAUUAUAAAAAAAAUUAGAAGAAAAGAUUGCAGAGAGAAAUUAAUUAUAAUAAUUGGUUGAAGCAUCAGCAAAUGAAGCUUCAUCAAAAAAUUUGAGUUUGGGAAGAAUUUUAAUGGCUAUAGAUAAUUUAUUUAAUCGAUGUUAAGAAGGAACAUAAAAGAUUAAACAUGAAUUAGAAGAAACAAAAUAAGAAAAUAAUAAAAAAGAUGAUAAGAAGGCAAAGAAAGAGGAAAAUAAGAAGUAGUAAAAUAAAGAUGAAAAUUAAGAAGAAGAAGAAGAUAAUUAUGAAGUGAAAAGUUAAUAGGCUAUGUCGAAAUUAAAAAUAAUAUCUCUAUAUUUAAAUGACUUUAAGAAAAUUAUUUAAGGAUGUAAAGAAGAUUAUAAAAAAGCAUAAAAUAAAUGA